CCAUGUCUUGGCCUCAAAUAAACCCUUUUAACCGUCUAUUCUUCUCAUAAUCCCAAACGAGUUUCGUUCUCUGGGCGAAGAGUAGAUUAAAAAAGCACUUUUUUCCCUCAUUCUUUCCUGGUUCAAAAAUCAGAUUUUGCGUUCCUGUUUCUGCCCCUUCCAGAAAUCGGAUGGUAGUGAAUGAAUGUUCACUACGUGUGCCUGAUUUUUGCAUAUAAUAUAUACAUCAUAUAUAGUAUUCGACGAGGGAUGCCGGAAGCCAUGGGAGAGUGCCGAAGAUGUAGAUGCCCCGAUUAAACUGUGGUUUCCUUGAAGCGUUUGCUUCUGCUAUGGUAGCAAGAGUCACGUUCUGGUCUCUGCUCUGGGGAUUUGUCUAUUCUCGCCUCUGAGAACAUUUGUCCACUUGCUCCAUGGGCAAAAGCUUAGUACCUGGAAAUUCCUAUGCGGCAUGUGACGCCGGUGUUUGCCGGGGCAGUGGAUGGGGCCUCCCCGGGAAGACUUUUGUGUUGUGUUCUUAGUGGAGGCACGUUAGAAAUAGUAACACCAAAUUGAUUCCUUCCCAUAUAAUAAUUAACAUGCAAGACGAACAUAGCACAAAGGACGCUGCUGCUUAUCAUGCUAUCUUGCCAAUGUUAGCGUCUGGUGUUGCUCACUGGCUUAUGAGCGCCAGAGGUCAUCGUUGGAUUUGUUUUGUAGUUUCAUGGACGUAUGAUUCUUUCCAUGCUUUUUCUGUUCCUAAGUUGUUUGGUGAGGCCUUCAUGAGUAGACUGAUCUUGAUAGUUAGGACUGAGAAGAAGAAGAUGGGGUCUCUUUGUGAGCAUCACCGUAUAAUAAAAUGGCAAUCCAUGAGGGCUUCUGCAAGCUGUGAUGCAAAUUUUAUAGAGCCGACAACCGGGCAUGGCGUCGGAUCAGUAACUCACCGUCACCUUAUUGGAGAUUCCUCUCCCACCUAAUGCUGCAUGAGCCAAAGCAUUUCUUCCCCAGUUAUUUUUCGCUUUUUAUUCCUCUGUUGUCCUUUGUGGAUUUGCCCCACCAUGGGGACAUGCUCCGUGUUCUUAUUCAUUGCAAGAAUCUAAUGUCCUGGAGGAGUCAUCUUCAUCUCGCUUAUUGAAUGCCUUCUUUCUGAUUCUUUCGUUCAAAGAUCUUGAAGCAGAAGAAGCGAUGGAGUCUACCAGAGUGACGCCGCCACCCAAGUUGGGAACGCUGGCUCGGGCCUUCCAUAAGAUCCGUCGCCUCCGCCGCUCGGCCACCAGCUCUGCCAGCGGCGCCGACGUUGCCCUCGGCGAGGAUGGCUACUCGAUUCACAAUCUGAAGCUGUCGCAGAGCUUCAGCGACUACUCCUCGAUCCUGUCUGAAGGCGGCACCGACUUUUGCAAGGUCGAGUAUGAGAAGCAGCUGCAGCAGAAGCUGUCCUCGAGGGACAAAGAAACCAUGGAGUCCCUCCUCGCCAACCUCUUCGCAAGCAUCUCCGCUAUCAAAGCUGCCUACGCCCAGCUCCAGAUGUCGCAGUCGCCGUAUGAUCCCGAUUCGAUACAGUCUUCUGACCUGGCCAUCGUUGCUGAGCUCAAACGCGCCUCGGAGCUGAAGCACUCCUACUUCUGGAACCAGUCCUUCCUCCCAUAUCCUGCUCCUAUGCCGCAGCCGGCGCUCGCUGCCCAGAUCGAAGAGCAGCGCAAUCUAAUCAAGACAUACCAGAUCACCACGAACAAGCUGGAAGCCGAUCUCAAGCUCAAGGAUUCGGAGAUCUUCUCACUUCAUGGGGAGCUGAUCGAGUCUCAGAGAAGUAACCAAGCCUUGGAGUCGAAGCUUCAUCCUGGCCUCUCUCUCUGCGCCCUGGAUGACCUACAACUCGACAGCUUAAGUCCUGCAAAUUUCCUUGCCUUUCUGCGAUUCACCUUCAAGGCCGUCACAUCCUUCGUCAAGCUAACGGUGAAGGAAAUGGAGUCAGCAGGAUGGGACGUCGACGCUGCUGCCACUGCCAUUCAACCGGACGUGCUCCUCCUCCGUCAGAAACCCGCCGUUCGGACCUUCGCCUUCCAGUCCUACGUCUGCCAUAAGAUGUUCUCGGGUUUCCACCACCAACACUACGACCUCGCUGCCCUUGGAGACCGGUCGAUGUGGGGUCGGCGCCAGUUCUUCGACGAGUUCACCGAACUGAACCGUCUCGGAUCGACUCGAAAGCUAAGCCGGCAGCACCAGGGGAUCGCGAAGUUUCUCAGGGCCAAGUAUCAGUCGCUGGUGCAUCCUAAGAUGGAGUCAUCGUUCUUCGGCAGUCUCGAUCGAGGUGCUGCGGUCCAGGACUCGGCGUUCUUCGCUGGGUUUGCGGAGAUGGCGAGGCGAGUGUGGCUCCUCCACUGCCUGUUCUUCUCGUUCGAGGACCGGUCCGUCUUCCAGGUGCGGCGGGGGAGCCGGUUCUCUGAGGUGUACAUGCAGAGCGUGGGGGAGGAAGAGGAAGAGGAAGAUGACGAGGGCGUGGAGGAGGUUGCAGCCGCCCGAUUCAGACCGGCCACGGUCGGGUUCACGGUCGUCCCUGGGUUCGGAGUGGGUGGGACGCUGAUCCCGUGCAAGGUCUGCCUCGCAUCAGCGGCUUCAGCUGAUGAUCGACGGUCGUGAUGCGACCGGCUGACCAUCGGACGGAGGCA